AUGUUCUUGCUCCCCUGUCAACACUCCCUUCAACACUAUAUUCACCUCAUACACCUUUUUGGUGCUUUUAAUGGUCUGUGUUCCUCAAUUACCGAAUCAAAACACAUCAAAGCCAUUAAAGAACCGUGGUGGCACUCAAGUCAAUAUAAGGCACUCAGUCAGAUGCUGGUCACUAACCAGCACCUGGACAAACUAGCAGCAGCACAAACUGACUUUACAACCCGUGGGAUGCUUGACAGGACGUGCCUUUCAGCAGCUAUUAACGCAUUAGAGGACGCCGAGCCUGAGGUGAAUGUGCAGGAGGAUGAGGAUGUCGGGGAUGUUGAAAUAGACACUGGCCCGACCAUUAUCCAAGCACACGUGGAAUUGGUGAAGACGCCUCAUAAGUUCUCUCAUUAUAACCCUUGUUUAUCUUUGCUAACAAAUGUCACAUCGUGCACUAGAACGCAACCGCACCCGCACGGUGUCUGCAUUAGCGUUGGAACUGUCGAUUCCCCAGCUCCCGAACAUGGUGUGCCGCUUCCUUUUUGUGCAACUCAAUCCGAACGACCCCUAAUUAAUGUUUUUAAUUCAGCAUGUUCGAGGUUUGUUGCCCCCAGCAAUCUCAGUGGCAUCGGCGGCAUGCACCGCGAGCACAUCCGUGCAUGUCCAGCAUGGAGGAAGGAGCACCCGCGCUAUGACUGCAUCUUUGUCAACACAAAUCCGGACCUUGAGGGAAUGAGGGGGAUGGAUGUCGCUCGAUUGCCUGACGACGACACCGGUAUGUGGAUGGUGCAGCCCGCUCACCAUGCCAACAAUGCUCCCCAUAUUGCCAUCAUUCAUGUUGACUCAAUAUACCGCACUGCUCACCUUAUUCCCCAUUAUCAGACAUAUGAUUCCUUCUGCAGAUUCUACAUCAACAAAUACGCCGACCAUCACUCCUUUGAAAUUGCGUCAUAG